CAAAUCAACGUCAAAACCUAAUUACUUAUUUUGUUCCCAUUGUUUUCUUUAAUGGUUUGUUUAUCUGCAGAAAUAAGGCAACUUUGUGUUUAGUCAUAUAAGAACAACGCGUUACAAACUUCUCUCAUCUUUCCUGGAAAUUUCUGUCCACAAAAUUCAUUUUCGUUGAUACUUACCUGAAUGGCUCGUCCACAAGACCCUCCACGCGGUUUCUUCCCUUUUGGAAACCCUUUCAAGAAUCUAUCUUCAAAGAACUCGGUACUCUCCCCAAAGCUUCUCUCACUCUUGAACAAUUUUGAGACCAACUUAGCAUCUUCUAUUAGUAAGCUUGUACCUAAGGAAAAGAGCGAAAUCCUGACUGUUUCAUGGAUGAAACAAGCGAUGGAAUCUCUUUGCGAGACACACAAUUGUAUCAAGACCCUUAUAACCGAUCUAGAGCUUCCAGUUUCAGAUUGGGAGGAUAAAUGGGUUGAUGUCUAUCUUGACAUUAGUGUGAAGCUUCUUGAUCUCUGCAAUGCCUUUAGCUCAGAGCUAACUCGUCUCAACCAAGGUCAUCUCUUACUCCAGUUUGCUUUGCAUAACUUGGAGGCAAACUCUCCUCAGAAUCUGUCGAAAGCUCAAUCAUCACUUGACAGCUGGAAGCAACACAUUGUUUCCAAGAACCCAAGAAUUGAAAAUUGCCGCGCAAUCUUGAGCAGCCUUGUUCAGACCUUGAAUCUCCCCAAGGUGAAAAACUCGGCUAAAGGGAAAGUCUUGAUGAGAGCUCUAUACGGUGUAAAGGUUAAGACCUUAUACAUCUCUGGUGUUUUUGCUGCAGCAUUCUCAGGUUCAUCGCAGAAUCUGUUGUACCUUACCGUCUCACACGAGCUUCCAUGGGCACAAUCCUUCAUGGAAAUGCAGAACACCAUGAACGCGGAAUUCAAGAACAUAUUUUUAUCAGAUGGGUUGACGGUUCUGAAAGAGCUAGAGGCAGUUGAUUCAGGUGUUAAGAAACUCUACCCUGCGAUCCAACUAGGAUCAAUAGAUCCCAUAUCCCUUCAGCCACUGAAGGACUCGGUCACAGAAUUAUCGAAUGGGCUGGAUCUUGUUUCAAAAGAAGUCGAUUGUUUCUUCAAGAUUCUGUUAACGGGGCGAGACACAUUACUAGAGAACCUAAGGUCGAUAGGUGCAUCAACUCUACAGGCAACAUCGCCAAAAAAGGCUGCCGGAAAAAAUUACAGAGGAUUCUGAUAAACAAGUAUUGUGUGUAUAGAUGGUUUAACUUUAAGUGUUCCAUCUUCUUGGUAUUGAAUGUAUUAUUAUUAUUAUUAGGUGUUUGUGAUAUCUUCUUAGUCGUUUGUAUGAGAUGCUUUGAAAGUACCAACUUACCUAAAUAUAUUAUGAAUAUCUUGAAGCAAUGAAAUCCGAUCAUUUUC